GUCGGCAUGUAGCACUUAUGCUCCAUAUAAUAAUAUCAAAAGAUAUUGAAGUAUUGCAGAAAAAUGUUAAGAAUGUUCAGUAUAUCACAAAAUUCUUACUUACGUCAGUUUGGAUUCAGACAAUAUCUAAGGCAUUGUAACUUUUAUUCCAAAAGAAAUGUAGCUUCUAAUGUAACAAACUGUGAAACAAAUGUACUACACCACGAAGCCAGUAAAUUUCAAAAGGGACAAAUUAUUCAUGGUUUCAUAGUAGAUGAAGUUGCAAAAAUAGAUGAAAUAUAUCUAACUGCAAUACGAUUAACUCACUUGGGUACUGGGGCACAAUAUUUGCAUUUAAUGAGAGAUGAUAGUAACAAUGUGUUUUCUGUUGGAUUUCGUACAACACCAGAAGAUUCUACAGGUUUACCUCACAUUUUAGAACAUACUACCCUUUGUGGUAGUGAAAGAUAUCCAUGUAGAGAUCCAUUUUUCAAAAUGUUAAGAAGAUCAUUAGCUACAUUUAUGAAUGCCAUGACAGGACCUGAUUAUACUAUAUAUCCAUUUUCUACACAAAACUUAAAAGAUUAUCGAAAUUUACAAUCAGUAUAUCUAGAUUCUGUAUUUAAACCAAAUUUGAGAGAACUUGAUUUUAAACAGGAAGGAUGGAGAUUAGAACAUGCAGAUAUAAAUGAUAAAAAUUCACCUAUAGUUUUUAAAGGAGUAGUUUUUAAUGAAAUGAAAGGUGUUUUCAAUGAAAAUCAGACUAUAUUAUCCGAACAAUUAUUGAACCGCAUUUUACCUAGUCAUACAUAUGCAGUAAUUUCUGGAGGAGAUCCUUUAGUUAUUCCUACUUUAAAAUAUAAUGAUCUGCUUAAUUUUCAUCUAACAUAUUAUCAUCCUUCUAAUUCUCGAUUCUAUUCAUAUGGCAAUUUUCCAUUAGAAGAUCAUUUAAGAUUUAUUAAUGACCAAUACCUGUUUCUAAUGGAUAAGAUAGAUACGUACAUGUCAGAAGUUCCUUCAGAGAAACGUUGGGACAUUCCAAGGAAAGAACAUGUUACAUGUAGACCAGAUCCUAUGGUUGCAGAUCCUAAUCGACAAGGCAGUAUAGCAAUUGGUCAUUUGUGUAAUGACAUAACUGAUAUACAAAAGACUUUUGAAAUGCACAUUCUAUCUCAACUUCUUUUGAAUGGUCCAAAUUCAGCUUUUUAUAAGUCUUUAGUAGAAUCAAAAGUAGGAGUUGCUUUUGGCCCAAUGACAGGAUAUAAUUCUUUAUGUAAGGAUACCAUGUUUGUUGUGAGUUUGCUUGGUGUUAAACGAGAGGAUUUUGAGAAAGUAGAAAAGAUCUUUGAUGAAACUGUACAAAAUGUUAUUGAAGAAGGUUUUAAAGAGGAUCAUAUUGAAGCUGUUUUACACAGUAUUGAACUUAAAGUAAAACAUCAAACUUCUAGUUUUGGAUUACAAUUACUUUUCAAUUUAUCACCAUUAUGGAAUCAUAAUGGAGAUCUUAUACAAGCAAUGAGAAUUAAUGAAGCAAUCAUAAAAUUCAAAGAAAAAAUAAAAACCAAUCCCAAAUAUCUCCAAGAAAUAGUAAAAAUGUACUUAAUGGAUAAUAAUCAUAGAUUGACAUUAACAAUGUUGCCAUAUGAAAAAUAUGAUCAUGAAAAAGCAGUUGCUGAAAGGGAAUUAUUAGAAUCUAAACUGAAACAGCUUUCCAAAGAAGAAUUAAAUCAAAUUUAUAUUGAUGGAAAAAUUUUACUUGAAGAACAACAAAAGCAAGAAGAUGUAAAUGUUCUUCCUACUUUAAAAAUAGAAGAUAUAAAAGCAGAUGUAGAACGAUAUAAUUUAGAGGAUGUAAAGGUGGUUAAUGUACCUUUACAAAUAGCUACUGAACCAACAAAUGGUGUUUGUUACUAUCGAGGAAUUCUUAACACUCAAGGGUUAGCACUAGAAUUAAAAACUUUAUUACCACUUUUUAAUAAUAUUAUUUCAAAGAUGGGUACAAAAAAUUAUGAUUAUAGAAAUUUCGAUCAAAUGAUAAGAUUGAAAACUGGAGGCUUAAAUUUUAUGAAUCAUAUUGUUGAACAUAAAAAUAAUUUAUUACAAUAUGAAGAAGGAAUACUAAUAGAAUCUUAUUGUUUAGAUCGUAAUGUGAAUGAUAUGUGGAAACUGUGGUUAGAACUGUUUAAUAAUAUCAAGUUGUCAGAUAUUGAAAGAUUUACAACACUUGUUAAAAUAAAUGCUGCAGAUUUAGUUAAUGGAAUUGCAGAUUUAGGACAUUCCUAUGCAAUGAGUAGUGCUGCCAGUUUGGUUUCACCAGUUACUAAAUUCAAGGAAACUUUGUCUGGAUUAGAAUAUGUUUCAAGAAUGAAAAAAAUAGCACAAAUGCGAGAUUUAAGUUCUGUAUUACUUCAAAUGCAAGAAAUAUCUCAUUAUAUUUUAAAUAAACAAUAUUUGAGGUCAGCAAUAAAUUUAUGUGAAAAUAACAAACAUAAAAUAUUAGAAAGUAUUACUGAUUUUUAUAGUGCAUUGAAAGGCACACCUACAAAUACAUAUACCUUUACGCAUGAUCAAAACAUUGAAGUUGAAGAUAGUGCUAUUCACUAUGUAUUACCAUAUACAGUAAACUACACAGCUAAAGCAAUAUUUACCAUCCCAUAUACCGAUCCAGAUUAUGCACCUUUACAAGUACUUUCUAAGUUAAUCACAUCACAUUAUUUACAUCCAGAAAUUCGAGAAAAAGGUGGAGCUUAUGCUGGUGGUGCUAUAUUAUCAUUAAAUGGAAUUUUUGCAUUUUAUUCUUAUAGAGAUCCUAAUUCUACUCGUACCUUAGAUUUAUUUGAAAAAUCUUAUGACUUUUUGUUAAAGCAUCCACUACCUGAAAGUUAUAUUGAUGAAGCAAAAUUAGGAAUAUUUCAACAUCUUGACGCACCAGUUUCUCCAAACAAUCGCGGAAUGAUUAAGUUUAAAUAUAAUUUAACAGAUGAUGAUAUUCAAGAACAAAGACAAAGAUUAAAAACUGUAACAAAAGAUCAGCUUUUAUAUGUUGCUAGCAAAUAUUUGCAACCUGAUCAGAAACAUAUUAAAGUAGGACGUGCAUUGAUUGGACCAGUUAAUCAUGAUUUAUUAAAUAGGCAUUCAGAAAAUUGGAGGGUUGAAAAUCAAAAAGAAGAAACUCAAGCAAGAGCAGUUGAAUGA